AGACGAUCUUUUCCAUGACGCACAUCUAGCGCGAAGCUCGGUUUGGGAAGCUAAAUAUUGAAAGCGAGGAGGUUAGAAAUGAGUAAAAAAGACAACGGUAAGGUAAAGCUAACUCCUAAAAUGUGAGCGAGCGAUACACAUUUGAUUUAAAAGAUUAAAGUUAGAAAGUUGAUAGGAAGUUCUUAUAAAGCUAUCCUCCGUUGUUUGCUAAUACUACCAAUACACAACACACGGUUUGCUGAGCCGACCUCGGGGUUGUACCUUUUCAUAACAAGUUAGGUCACAUAGACUCACGAUUACUUCAUGAUAAUGUUAUUCAUGCUCAGUUUAUGUAGGGGUUUUACAACACUAUUUUAUUAAUAUCUGUUAAAUUUCAUAACAUUACAAAACCUAACUCUUAGGCACGCCUACAACUGCAAACUAACCCAGUUAAAGUUGUUGCUUAUAAGUAAAACAUUCAUGGUUAUGUCUGAAGUUGUGAUCUUUUUCUACACAAGUAUUUGCUCUCUCAUGUGAUCUAAUCCCACUACUGUCACCCACAGGUGCGACUCUCAUCCUCUCCUAUCUGAACCAGAAGAACCGUCCCUACAGUGCUCAGGAUGUCUUCACUAAUCUACAGAAACAGCAUGGGUUGGGAAAAACGGUUAGAUGAGCCCUUGCGAGCAGAUAUGCAGACGUGGUGGUGCAGUGCUGUAUACAAUUAAUAAUUGAUUGUACAUUUAUGAUUGAUUAGGCUGUGGUCAAGGCCAUGGAGCUGCUGGCACUGGAGGGCAAGAUAAAGGAGAAAACAUAUGGCAAACAAAAGAUUUAUUUUGCAGAUCAGGUUAGUGUGUUUUUGUUUGAGACAAACUGGGUAAGGAGAAACACACUAACUGUCAUUCAUAAUGAUCUGUUGAUACCUCCUACAGGCUCAGUUCAGGGAUGUGAGUGAUUCAGACUUGAAAGCCAUGGACAGUCAGAUCUCCGAGCUCAGCGCAGAGGUGCACUCCCUCACUCAGUCCUGCAGACAGCGAGAUGCAGGUGAAGUUCAAAGCUGAUCUAUGAACGUUUUCACUGAAGCAAGUCAAUUGUGCACCUUUGUAGGCCACAGGAUGUCAGUGUUUUGUAAUAAAUAAACCACUUUUUUUCAGAGCUGAAGGAGCUUAACAACUCUCUGACAACUGAGGAAAUUCUGUCCGAGAUCCAAAAGCUAAAAUCUGAAUGUUCUGGGUACAGAGCACGUCUGGAGAAAAUAAAGUCAGCUACUAACCACGUCACACCUGAAGAGAAAGAAAAGGUCGGGGUUAAAUCUGUGAUUUCUAUUUUCAGUUGUCCGUUUUGAAAAACUGUAAUUCAAGUGAUCAUUUUGUUGUCCAUGACUCUUUACUUUUCAAACUAUGUUUUAAAUGACAGGUCUACAAGGAGCGUGAUGUUUAUGUAAAAGAGUGGAGAAAAAGGAAGAGAAUGGUAAUGUAAACAAACUCCUUUAACUUGUGCGUUACCAUUUUUGCUUUCAUAUGUGACACGAAGCAUUUGUACACAGGGUUCUAUUAGUUUUCCAUAGUAGUCCCUAACAGCUUAUAGUAGAGGUGGGAGAAAAAAUCAAUACACCAUAGUAUCGCAAUAUUUUGUCUGGUGAUAUAUUGAAUCGUCUCAUUUAUCAAGUAUCGAUUUUUUAAAUUAUUAUUUUAAUAUGAAGUCAAAUCUUUGAUAAUGGAAAAAUAAAAUCAACUGUUUGUCCUGUGAGGUUGGCAGAGGUGACAUCAUAGAGCAGGAGAAAGUUAGUGCAACAAAUAUAUAUAUAUAAGGUUUGUAAGAUGUGCUACAUGAAAAUAAAAUAUUGUGUAAAUAAGACAAACAUAAAGAAAGACAAAUUCUAAAUGAGCUAAACAGUUGAAAAAAUUGAUUAAAUCACAAUUUAUUGUAUCGCAAUACUCACUGUAUUGCAAAGUGUUAAAAAUCACAAUAAUAUCGUAUCGUGACCCAAGUAUCAUAAUAUUGUAUCGUGGGGCCACUGGUGAUUCCCUCCCCUAUCUUAUAGACAGUAUUUUUAUGAGAUAGUUGUUUGAAAAAAAAAAAAAAGCAGAAAAACAAACAUUAUAAUCUCAUCAGUAAUGUUCAGAAACCUUCUAUUCAGAGAGAUUUCAAGAGGACUUGAGUAGAUAGACCUCUAUUAUGAGUCAAAACAAAUCACAACUUAAUGUCACCCUUUGUGUUUUGUUUCUCUCAGGCUUCCGACAUGAUGAACCAAAUCCUGGAGGGAUAUCCAAAGAGCAAGAAAGAGUUCCUAGUGAGUGAAAGCAGCUCUUAAGAAUCCAUUCUCCAAACCUUAACCUCCUGCCCCAUCAGUGUGUUUUAGCCUGAGUAACACUCCUCAUGUCGCCCUCACAGGAUGAAGUUGGAGUAGAGACUGAUGAGGACUGUAAGGUGGUUGUUCCAAGCACUUAAAAGAAUAAAGAAACAUCGAUUUGACUCCAUGAAUGUAAGCCUGUUAAGAGCUAAGCUGAGGAUAUUGAUUUCACAUCAGAGCGGUCUAAGAGAUGGCGCUUUUUUAUUUAUAAACCUUUCUGUUGAACAAAAACUUCAUCUUAAAUAAAAGUUGAAUGUGAUAAACUUUCUGAAUAGAACAUUGAAUUUUCUUUUGCCACAGAAUUAACUGUUCCAUGUGUGACUUUGACAUGAUAGCAGGUAUGGGCGUCCCGCCACGAUUGUCAUGUCCUUGUGCAUCAGUCUGCUUUACAUUAAUCACACAGUAGCAACACUUACCAUAUUUCUUUAUAUAGAUAAAUAAUGAUAUAUUUACAAUGCAUGUAAAUCAGAAAAGAACCAUCAAAAAAGCAAAGGAAGCAACAAGAUGGUGAAACAUUUGUAUUUCACUGUGGUCAAAACAGUAAAGCUGCUUGCAUGUUAUCUGACAGCGUUUAUAUGUGUGUGAUUGUGCAUAUUAAAAUACUGGAGACUAAACUUUCAAAGACAAAACAAAAACGCUCUAAUAUAUAUUUUCAAAAUGUACACAUUAAAUACACAGGUACAGCAGUAUGAGCCCAUGAAUGAGCCAUAGUUUGAUUGCUGGUGAAGGGCACAGCGGAUAAAAAAAAAAAAAAAUCACUUUAAAAUUCGUUCUAAUGCACAGUUUGGAAUGAACUAAUGCUGAUAAUAAAAGCCACUGAUGACCAAGGUAAAAA